UUCUUAUUCUGCCUUCUCUCGUGACUGCAUCUCUCUCUCCUGCUCCAACUCUCUGUCUUUCUCCAAUUUCCUCAUAAGAAACAACUUAAAUAUAAACACGCUUUCUUCAUUUAUUCAUUCUUUGCCAAGGUUUUCGCAGCCUUGUACAUGGUCAUGGACGCAUAUUCAUUGUCUUUUCCCUAAAUUCAUUCCUUUUUCCUCUCCUCCUUUUCUCCCUUUCUCUCCAUAUUCUUGGAACCCCACAAACCAAAAGAGCCAGCCAACAUGCAAACGCUGGAGAAUCAGUUUCACGAAGCCAGCUUAAACCCACUGUUUUCUUGAACUUUUCAGUAAGAAAGAAAGAAAAAGGCUGGUCUUUUCUGUUUACAGAGAAAAGGGAGAAAAGAUGAAGCACGAAGAACAAGCUCGGUUCCUUUUUGGGAUUUCUUUAACUGAAUGGCCUAAAUGGAAGCAGUUCCUUAUUUGCUCUUCUGGGUUCUUCUUUGGUUAUCUCAUCAAUGGCAUCUGUGAGGAAUAUGUAUACAAUAGGCUCCAAUUCAGCUAUGGCUGGUACUUCACGUUUGUCCAAGGAUGGGUGUAUCUUUUACUGAUUUACUUGCAAGGCUUCACACCUAAGCAAAUGGUGAAUCCUUGGAAGACUUAUGUAAAGCUGUCUGCUGUGCUUAUGGGUUCACAUGGACUUACCAAAGGUUCAUUGGCAUUUCUUAAUUAUCCGGCCCAGCUCAUGUUCAAAUCCACCAAGGUUUUGCCUGUGAUGAUAAUGGGCGCCUUCAUUCCAGGAUUAAGACGGAAAUAUCCUCCUCAUGAAUAUGUAUCUGCCAUCCUCUUAGUUGUGGGCUUGAUUCUUUUCACUUUGGCAGAUGCACAAACUUCGCCAAAUUUUAGUGUAGUUGGUGUUAUAAUGGUGUCUGGUGCUUUGAUUAUGGAUUCUUUUCUGGGGAACUUGCAAGAAGCUAUCUUUACUAUGAGUCCUGAAACAACCCAGAUGGAGAUGUUGUUUUGUUCAACUGUUGUUGGCUUACCGCUCUUGAUUCCACCAAUGCUUUUGACAGGAGAACUAUUUAGGGCAUGGAGUUCAUGCUCCCAGCAUUUGUAUGUAUAUGGUGUUCUGAUCUUCGAGGCCAUGGCUACCUUUGUCGGGCAAGUCUCAGUCCUUUCCCUCAUUGCCCUCUUUGGCGCUGCCACUACCGCCAUGGUUACCACAGCGAGGAAGGCGGUAACGUUGCUGCUGUCCUAUUUGAUAUUUACUAAGCCACUGACUGAACAACAUGGAACUGGGUUGCUUCUUAUAUCUAUGGGAAUCAUACUGAAGCUAUUGCCUGAUACUAAGCCCCGCAAGCCAUCUGUAGCCCAAGCUCCUGCCUCCAGGGCCGGAAAACCAUCAUCUAGCAAUGGGAGCAAUUCUCAGAUGGAAAUUGAGGAAGAGGAAGAGAAAAGACCAUUAGUCUGAAAUUUGGAUGUUUGAAACUGUAAUUUACGUUCAUUUUAUUGAUGAUCUUACGAAUAGAUAGAGAGUAAAAAGUAGACGAGGAGUAUAGUAGAUUUUAUGCUGUUGUUUGCCUUCUUCUUUCUCUUGGAAGGAAAGUUGCGUUGAUGAUUUUAAUAUACUUCCUGCUUGC